UCUCGUCGAUCAUUUUUAAAACGUCCCAUAGCUUAGCAAGUGGAGGAGGAGUUUACGUCUGAAUCAUGAAUAAAACCAUCUGUCAAGCUUGAAAAGUUUGCAUUUGCGUGCCUUAGGAGCGAACGGAGCCGUGCCUCGCAGCAGCCAAGAGCCAUGAGGACUGGGAUGAAAGUCGCGAUGUUGCCGCUGCUUUUGGUGGCAGCUGUUUGCGGAUCCAACCCCCAUAGCAACGACAGCAGCAACGACAGCAAACAGCCACAGCAGCAGUCCAGCGUCUGGGACCACACCGUCAGAUUCACCACCAAGAUAAAGGACUCAUGCACCAUGGGGGUGUCCGCAGCGGGAAACUUCACCCGUCUGCGUGUCUCCUGCAGAUCCCCGAGCCAGGCUACGGGGCGCUCCUACUACUGUGACUUCCAGGGCCAACCGAACCAAUGUGGAGCCUACAACAAGAACCCUCGGCACUACUUCGUCCAGAUGACGUGGGAGCUGAGGAAGCUGAAGAACGCCUGCCAGGGGGCCAAAAUCUACCGCCCUCAUAUGUGCAGGAAGUACUCUGAUGAGACUCAGAUGACCUUUAUGACCUCCUGGCCCAAGACUUCAGCUCCAAAGUCUGCAAAGCCCGGUCAGGAGCAACGCAAACCAGCGGCGCCAGCAGUGCAGAACAAACCCACCGGCACCCAUCAGCCCACAAAGCUGCAGCCUCAGCCAGCUAAACCUCUGCCAGGCAGAGGCUCCCAGGGCAAGAGAAGCACCCCCAAGCCGGCAAAGACCGCUCCCCGUCCCACCGAGGAGCCGGCGUCUAGGGCAUCCCGCCUCGCCACGGAGUACUGCUGGAAGAGCUUCCAUGGCCUCUGCAGCUAUGUCAUCGGCUGGUUCCAAAACUGAGAUGCAGCUCAGUUUUUUUUAUCAUAACAGAUUGGAAUUACUAACCUGACAACACAGACUCCUGUCUUUGAACUCUCUUCACAAAAUCAUCUGAAAAUGAGUCAUCAAUAGAUGAUAAUAAUAUGGAAAGAAACACAAUGAGCCAAAGAAAGAAGCUCGCCUUGGUGUAUUUCUGUUGUAUUUUUGUUGCUAACUUUAUCCCAGAUGUCAUGUAAAUUCUGAGCGAAGAAUAAAUAGAAGAGUGGCGA